ACGAAGCAGUUUCAAUUCGAACGCUGGCCGCAUACGCUGUAUCGUGGAUUAAAAAAAAAAUAAUCUGUCAAAAUCAAAACGCGCGCGCUUUUCAAAUUUAUAUUUUUUUAUUUGUGCUCAGAAAAGUGUCUGUUCCAUUUUUUAAUUUCAGUAAUAACAAAUUGAAUUGAAAUUAAAAGUGUAAGUGCUUUGAAAGUAAAAGGAAGUGAAACUUUUUAGUUAUUUGUUGACAUAAAAAUGCGCGCCAACUGAACUGUCAAAACUGACACAUUCAAGAUGGCGACGCCGGCCGUUGUGGUCGAACGGGCAUGCAAGUUCUACGGUCGGAAGGGCAGCAAUGACUGCAAACCAGUCCUGCAAAACUUGGACAUGACCGUCGAGAAGGGUAUUAUAUACGGUCUCCUCGGCGCUUCAGGGUGUGGCAAAACUACCCUCCUAUCGUGUAUUGUGGGUAGACGGAAAUUAGAUAGCGGUGAAGUGUGGGUCCUCGGGGGGAGACCGGGGGAAAAGGGCAGUGGAGUACCCGGACCUAGGGUUGGGUAUAUGCCGCAGGACAUAGCGCUAGUAGCGGAAUUCACAAUCCGGGACGCUAUCUAUUACUUCGGGCGUAUCUACGGGAUGAAGACGGAACAGCUCCACGAGAGGUUCAAGUUCCUCAGUGACCUGCUGGAACUGCCAAGCCCUGGGAGGUUUAUCAAGCAGUUGUCUGGUGGACAGCAGAGAAGGGUCUCCUUAGCAGCCGCUUUGGUACAUGACCCGGAAUUGCUGAUUCUGGAUGAGCCAACUGUUGGAUUGGACCCUAUGUUGAGAGAAAAAAUUUGGAAUUACUUAUCGGAAUUAGCUUCAAAAGGUACCACUGUGAUAAUAACCACGCAUUAUAUCGACGAAACGAAACAAGCACAUAAGAUUGGUCUUCUCCGAGAUGGUCAGUUAUUAGCCCAGGAUUCUCCCGAUGCAAUACUACAAAGAUACGACUGUACGACACUUGAAGAGGCUUUUCUGAAAAUGGCUGUCGCGCAAAACGAAAGCUUACGGGCAAACAGACGGCAAUCCACCUUAACUUCAGCUUCCCCAGAUGUCAUCCCGGACAGCACCUUAUCUAAUGAUAGUAGAUUCCAAUCCACCGAAGACUUUAGCAUCGUCACGAGUAGUCGAGAUGUACUCACGAAAAAGGACAAUCACAUGGAAUUGAAGAGUAAACAAAAGGGUCGAUAUAAAGCUGUGUUUAUUAAAAGUAUACAACAGUUUUCAAGGCAUCCUGGGGGGUUAAUAUUCUCAGUAUUAUUCCCGAUCAUACAAGUGGUAGCAUUCUUCAGUGCGGUGGGACACGACCCUAAGGACUUACAUCUCGCUGUUGUUAAUGAUGAAGCUGCUUCUGUACCAAUGGGUAUAGAUUUGUGUAAAAAUGAUAAUCUUACACGAGUAUCGAUAAAUGAAGACGGAUCUUGCGACUACUUUAUGUUGAGUUGCUGGUUUCUGGACGAAAUGGAAAAGCGGAAUUUGAUGGUGUCGUACUACAACACAACAGUGGAAGCUAAAGCAGCUGUAGCGACCCUACAAACAUACGGGGCGUUAUAUUUCCCAGCUAAUUUUAGCCAUUCUCUCGCUUUAAGGGUGGCUGAUGGUUAUGUUGAGGAUGAUAUAGUUGAAGAUGGCACUAUCAGCGUGUGGCUGGAUAUGACUGAUCAUCAAAUCUCCAACUUCCUGAAACGACGGUUACAUAAAACGUACGAAUACUUCACGAAAAGGACAAUGAAUGCUUGCGGGCUUAACGAAGAUCUUGUUCAGAUUCCAGUCCGUUUCCAAACACCAAUUUUCGGAUCAAUGGAACCAGAAAUGGUCAGCUACAUGGCUCCUGGUAUCAUGGUCACUAUAAUCUACUUCCUCCCCGCGAUCGUUACCUCCACGCUAAUGAUAUCGGACCGGCUGGAGGGCGUGUGGGAGCGCAGCGCGGUGGCCGGCGUGCAGCCGCGCGAGAUGCUGCACGUGCACAUCGCGCUGCAGGCCGCCGUUAUCGUGAUGCAGACAAUAGAAAUGAUGGCGCUCGCGUUCCUAGGCUACAGUUUACCCUUCAAAGGAUCUUUGCUUACUUGUGGCAUACUCCUCUUCCUGCAAGGAGUUGGCGGGAUGUGCUAUGGCUUUUUGUUAUCUGUACUAUGCCCCAGUUAUACGCUGUCGUUCUUUGUGGCUACGGGAAGCUUUUAUCCCAUGGUGUUGUUAUGUGGUAUCCUAUGGCCGCUAGAAGCGAUGCCGGUCGGUCUCCGGUAUAUUGCAUUAGCAUUACCUUUCACAAUUCCCUCCAAAACGCUCAGAGAUUUAAUGGAAAAAGGAUCUGGUAUCACAGAAUUCAACGUUUAUUUCGGCUUCAUUGUCACACUAUUCUGGAUCGGAAUCAGCCUUUCGAUAUGUUUCCUUAAACUUAAGUAUAAGAAAACGUAAUUAAUCUGUAUUUUAGGAUCAAUUUGACAUAAUAUGUAUCGUAUAUACUAUACAUAUAGUCUGUGAACAAUUUUAAUCUACUAAAUUUCCUAGUUAGUCUGUGGUUUAUUUUGACAAUUUCGAGAAUCGAGUGAUACAUUUUUGUAAUAUUUUUUUAAUUUUUUAUGGGUUUUGAAUUUUGCCAUAGGCACUAGGCAGUGGUGGAAUGUGUUUGGAAGAUUUUAGCAUUUAGAUAGAAUAAGGAAUUGUGUUAAUAGUUGGUUAAUAGUUCGAGUUGCUGUAAAUAGCUUUUAUAAGCAAAUUUUGUAUUUUCAAUUAAAUUGAAAAUGUAAUUUUGUAAGAAUGUACUGAAAUGAACUGUUUAAAAUUUGAAAUUCUUGUAAUAAGUAGAUACGCGUUUAUAUAUUUUAUCCGUAAUAUUAUGUAUGGAAACAUACUAAAAUGUGUCCUUUUAAAACUUGUAAGUAUGUGUUUUAAAUAGUUGGUUGUUAUUUUGAAUAUGUAGGUAAGAUAGGUAUAGGUACAUUUUUCAUGACAAUAAAAAAGUUAUCAAAAAAAAUUAAAAGAAUAUUACAUAUUACUUUGUAUUGUGAUGUAUUUUUAAAUAAAACGGCAUUUAAUGAUUAUGUUUAGCUUUGUAAAGAAAAAAUGUCACGAAAAGCAUUGCUCAAAUAGGUAAAUUAAGAACGACUUAAUUAUGAUGAAUUAAUUUCUUUGUAAAAAUAUUGCAGAUGUAAGGGUCUUGUGAUAUUCAUUAUGUGAUGUAGGGGUAUUUAUGAAUAAAUACUUUUUUAUAA